UUCAAAGGGGUAUGAGUGCUUCUGAAACUAGGAGCAAGGUUUUGACAGAUGAAUCUACUGGAAGUACAGCAAUUGAAGAAAGCCCCAGAAACCGGCAAAAUGAAGAACCAGAGCAAACUUCCCAAACCGAGAAUUUGCAAACUGACCCAUUCAAUGCUAGAAUUUCUGAAAUUUUCGAGAAACAAACUGUCGCUUUUGAAAGACAAAUGAUGAUCAAAGAAGAAGAAUUCAUGAGUCAAAUGAAGGAAAGGGAGGAAGUUAAGCUCAAAGAUCUGGAGACAAAGCUAGAAAAUUUCGAGAAAUGGCGCAAAGAAAUUCGACUGGAAGGGGCUAAGGAAUUGAACAUAAAGCUUCACAGUGAGCCAGAGGUCUCCGCAGAGCUGGAGCAUGAAGGAGGUCUCCAGGAGAAAUAGCAUGUUCACCGGUGGAUUUUCUAAUUCAAUUGCACAUAAUUUCCUUUUUUUUUAACUUAUUGAUACUAUAUUCUCUAAUUUAUACUCAAAAUGAACCAAAUUCCGUC